CCCGAGGCGGUGCCCUCGCAGCCGCUGCGCGUCGCGCUGGGAUUUCCAGGUUCGCUCCCAGCCCAGGCAGGGACCCGCCCGCCGCGCCUUGGGCGGGGGCUGCUGUGGCGCCAGCUCCAGAGGCGGGUCCAGGCGGAGGGGGCCUCCUCGGGGAAAGCCGGCGCGGUCCCAACUACACAGAGGCUGGCACGCCCACCCUUCUCUUCUCGCUGCACCCCUCUCCCGUCCUUGUACACGCACACGCACGCUGACCCCACGCAGGAUCCAAAGCAAGAUUCAAAAGCACAUCUUCGCGUUUUCUACCAGCUCCCCAUCAUCCUAUAAGGGAGGAAGAAGCCGGAGCCUUUAUUGGAAGAGAUGGCGAUGAGCCUGUGCCCCCUGUUGUUGGUCUUCGUGCUGGGUCUGGGUCUGACCCCACCAUCCCUGGCUCAGGAUGAUUCCAGGCACCUCUGAGGUAACAAUGGCUCUCCAGAGGACCUUGUCAUUGCUUCUGCUCUUGCUGCUGACCAUGCUGGGGCUGGUGCUGAUACAGCCCUCCUACGGCCAGGAUCGCAUGUACCAACGAUUCCUGCGGCAACACGUUGACCCUGAGGUGACAGUUGGCAGUGAUGCCUACUGCAACUUGAUGAUGCAAAGACGGAAGAUGACUUCCUACCAGUGCAAGCGCUUCAACACCUUCAUCCAUGAAGACAUCUGGAACAUUCGUAGUAUCUGCAGCACCACCAGUAUCCAGUGCAAGAACGGCAAGAUGAACUGCCAUGAGGGUGUAGUGAAGGUCACAGACUGCAGGGAGACAGGAAGUUCCAGGGCCCCCAACUGCAGAUAUCGGGCCAUGACCAGCACUAGACGUGUUGUCGUUGCCUGCGAGGGUAACCCGGAGGUACCUGUGCACUUUGAUAGAUAGAUACCACCUUGCAGAGGUUAUGGCCCAGCGGUUGACCUCUAACUUACUCCUUGAAUAGCAAUGAGUGGUGCAUUUGAGCUGUCCAGGCUCCGUCUCCUCUGCUUAUUUCUUAUUCUUUUUCUCUAUAUACCCAUUCUGUUAAAUAAGAUCAAAGAGAAAUGGAGACAUAAACCUGUAAUAAAUCUGGGCUUCUCUGUAAUAACCAAUAAUACUGGUUAACUUAGCUCUCUCAGAUCCUAUCCUUUGGAAUUUAGCCAUUAUCUGUAUUUACAUAGCAUUUCAAACUGCUUUCAUCUAAAUUGUCUCAUUUUAAUGCCACUGUACCCUGUAAUGCUGCUGCUGCUGUUGUCAUAUAUAGGAGCCUGAAGUUAAGGGAUCUGCUGAAGACCAUAAAGUGAUGGAAAUACUGAGAGAAAAAUCUUGUUUAACUGGCUACUAAUCCAGAGUUUUUUCCACUUCAUCACAAGAAGUGUUUUGAAAGUAUCUUUUUUUUGUUGUUAUUCCCAAAAGUCAGCUGUUGGGGGAAGCAUUAAAAAUUUGGAAAUACGUACUUGCAAAAUGAUAUCUCUAUACUUUGGCAACUUCAUUGUGUUUGGAUCUAGUAAGAUCAAGAAAUGAUACAAGGAAUUUUCUUUUUCUCUUCACAAAUUAUUGAAUCACCCUAGUAAGUCAGAGUAUUAAAAAUGUACUAGAUCAUUAAGAAUCAUUCACUCUUCCCAAAUGAAAGAUUUUUCAUGUUUUCCUUGUAAUAAAGGCCUUAAAUUGCAGGUA